AUGUAUUGCAAUAGCGAGGGAUGCCAAGGCAAGCCAGCUGCAUGAUGUGAGUGCCAAAACCAAAAAACCCUUAUUUGCCAAUCCCACAUAGCAUCUCAUCUCCAGACCCCAGCUCCCAAUGGCCAGAUUCACUUUAUUAAAGUAAUCGAAUACAAAAGCAUCAAUUUAUCAGCAUCAAAAAACCUCAUUAAAACAGUCCAAACCAAAAGAGAAAAACUAAUCUCUUCUAAGGAAGAAAUGAUCAAAACUGCUCAUGAAGAAAUAUUUGCUAUAGAAGCAAGGCUAAAAGAAUCAAUAAGAAAAAUCAAUGAUGAAUUAGAAAAUUUAAAUGGGCUAAUUUGCGAAAUAAUUUCAAUUUCAGAAAUCCCAAAUAUCCCCCUAAGUCCAAUCCGCGAAAUAUUAAGCCUGCCAGACCUCGAUGCUGCUAAAAAACUUGACGAGCUUUUAUCAGCUGAAACCUCCGAAUUUGCAGAUGCUUCGCCCUCUCUCGUAAUAUCAGCCUGAAAAAGUGCUCAAAAUACUAUUGACUAUGGCAGCUUGCAUGAAUGCUGCAACCCGAUAAAAGUAAGCUCAAAAGGAAUAAGAGCAGUUUCCUUUUCCCCAUCUGGACAUCUAUUUGCUACUGCAGGAUUAGACUCAAAUUUGCGACUUUGGAACUUCAAAACUCAAACACUGGUCGCAACUUAUGGAGAGCACGACCCAAAAAGGAUAAAUUCAAUAGCAUUUCACCCUACUGGGAGCUUUGUCGUAUCAUCCAGUGCCGACAACACCAUGAUCCUUUGGACUCCUUUCCAUCAAAAAUCUAUAAAAACAUUCAAAGGUCAUGAAGGCUCUGUCAGAUCUGUGUGUUUUUCACCAGAUGGCUAUUUUAUAGCAUCUGGAAGCAAUGAUAAAACAGUAAAAUACUGAUUUAUAGCCCAAGGCUUAAUUGUUCACAGCUUUAGAGGCCAUUUAAAAGAAGUCACAUGUGUCACAUUUUCCCCUAGUGGUCGUUUUAUUGCCUCAGGAAGUGCGGAUUCUACGGUUAAAAUAUGGAAAAUUGCUGAAAGGUGUAUGGGCACUGAGAUAAAAUCAGAACCAGGCGAAAUUAAAACGAUUUCUUAUUCUCAUUCAGGUAAUUUAAUUGCAUGGGGAGGGGAAAAUAGGGCAAUUUGGCUUUAUUUUUUUAAAACAAAAACAAGUUCAAAACUGGCAGGACAUACAGAUACAGUUGAAAGUUUGGUUUUUUCACAUUGCGAUAAUUUUAUUAUUUCAGGGGCUGGAGAUAAGAUUAUUAUUGUGUGGGAUUUGAGGGAUAAUCGACAAGUCAGAGUGCUGAGAGGACAUUCAGCAGCAGUUAGGUCAUUAGCGUUUUCACCAUGUGGGAAAUAUAUUAUUUCAAGUAGUGAGGAUGGGUGCAUUAAAACUUGGGGAGUUGAUGAGACCGCAGCUCUUGGGCAACGCUCAAAGACUACUAUUUAA